GCUCACUUAUCAAUUAACCACUCUCGAGUUAAAUUUAUUUAAAAAGUGUUAAAACGGGACAUAAUCAUACAAUAGUGUCUAUUUUAACUAAUAUUUGCAGUGAUAAUUCAGUAAUGUUUCUCUUUUAAAUAGUAACGAGUUAAGAAAAUGGGAAAGAUUAUUUUCUCGACCGAAGUGUAUGCGAUUUAAACGGGUUUCGAAGUUACACGAGACGGUACAGGCUAAUCAUAUCCUAGAACACUGAAUUUUAUUGUGAAUCUGUGGUGUAAGAUUUUGGCCGUUAGUGUAUCGCAGAUUCAGGGACAGUAGCUACAAAAUGGUUGUUCCUAAAGCAAGUCUGAGGCCUCGUUGUUAAAAUUCACAAUUAUAUACUUGGCUGGAAUUUACUAGUUCAUGAAGUUUGCAGAUUUGACAUUUGGAACGGUGUCUGAAGUCGGGAUUGGUUUUCGACUGUCCUGUAGUAUUUACGACGGAAGUCUACAAGUUAAGUUAGAGUAAGGAUUACUUUCAUAACGUUAAGGAGGACUUUAAGUACUUUUUAAGAUUUCUCCUUAGGGAAUGGCAAAUGAGGCUGGUGAACAAGAAUUGCUCCAUGCCACUGAGAAUACAGGAGAAGAAGAUGAAGAUCAUGGGAAAGAAAAAGGAACUGGCAGGAAUAACCAAAAUGGAGAGGAAAUAGGAAGGAAGUAUAAUGAAGACAGUGUAAGACAAACUUCAGAUGGUAAUACAGAUAUUAAUACUGCUGCAGAUAGUAAUGUGGUGGUAGAAGGUAUGGACACACAAGGUAAUAUGGCUCCGGAAACAUCAGAUAAACUCAUGCUAGAGUUCAUUGAUGAGCCACCUGAUGGUUUCUUUGAUGAUCUUUUAAAAGAUGAUUUUUUGGAUAGCUUAGCCGUUGUUGAUAUGUGGAAUCCGGAUGCUGACGACAGCUGUGGAAGUGAUGCCGGUGGCAAGAAGCUGCAUAAAGAUGGAAGGGAGACAGAUGAUAAUAAAAGACAGACUGCGUUAGAAGAUACAAAAAUAAAAUAUACAGAAGUCUCUGCUGACAAGAGUACAGAGGGUAGGAGCAGAAGAGAUAGUGAUGGUCACAGGAGGAAGGGUGAACAUACCAGCCAAAGUAGUAGUAAAAGACAUGUCAGAACUUCUGUGGAGACCAAGAUUAAGAGCAGCAGGGAUAGAAGCACUGAAAGAAAGGUAUGCAGAAGAGAUAAAGGUGGCAGUGGUGACCGCUUGCACAGUAUAGAAAAUGUUAGGCAGAAAGGAUGUAAAAGAAUGAGGGAAAGAAGCAGAGAAAGAAAGGAAGACAGGGAAAAAGUUGAUAGGAAUAGUAAACAAAGAAACAUAUACAGAAGAGAGAGAGGCAGUAGGGAAAACAGUUCAGAAAGAAAUAUACAUACCAGAGGUAGAGGAGACAAGGAAAAGAAUAUGGAAACAAAUAUUAGCACAAAUGAAAGAGUUAAAAGUACAGAAAGACUUGUACAAAAAGAAGACAGAAGUAGGAAUAUAGACCGAGUGUCGCGCAGGUACUCUUACCAGUACAGAGUAAGUAACAAGGUCAGUACUGCAGAUGUUAGCGCUAAAAGAAAGAAGUGUGGUUUGCGGCUUGGCGUGAGUGAUGUAGGUGUUGAAGGAGAUGUCUCAAGUGAAAGCAUUAGGAAGGGGAAAAAUUCUGACACUGAUGUGGCUAACAGAGAAACUCAGAUAGAAUCCAUUCAUAAGGAACAUAAUUUAGAGAAAGAAAUGUCCCAAGGAAUUCCAGGUAUGGUUAGGCAUGGAGCUGAAAACAGAGUAAUUAGUGAAGUGGCAGGCAGUCAGAGCCAUGCAAUUACAAACCUUAAUAAUCCACCAUUAAAUAGUACGAAGCUUGACACAUGUAUAAAAGAACUGGAUGACCUUGUUCCUCCUGGUACAGAGGACAGUUUUAUCCUUUACGCAAGAGAUGAAGCUGCAGACGUAAAUGAGUUUGAAGCAGAAGGUAAUAAAGAUGCAAUGAGUCACACUAUGCUUAGGUCUGAAAAAUCGUCCAAGCAUCUUAUCGUGGGAACAGAAAGUGCAAACAAAGAAAUUUAUGUGAUAAGUAGAAAGAUCGAUGAACAUAAAAUAUUGGAUAAUGUUGAAAGUGAGAAAGUUUCUUCAUGCACUGCCAGACUGGACGUACAUAAGAGAACGGAAAGAAUUAAUUAUCCGCAUGAAAGGAAAAGGAGGAGAUCUGAGUCAAACAGGUCAGAAGGGAGGAGGCAUGCAUCUUCAGAGAGCAAGAGAAAACAUGAUUAUUUAUAUGAAGAAAGGAAAGGGAGACAUCAAAAGAGUUCAUGUGGAGAAAAGAAAAUUAAUUCUUCAAGUUUAGAGAGAGUGUGUAAAGAGUCAAGAAUGAAGAAUGAAGUGUUCAAUGAGCAAAUCAAAAAUAAGAGAGAAUAUAGCUUAAGAUCUCAAAGUAGAGAAAAGUGGCAAUGCCAUAGUGAUCUACACAGAUUAAAGAGAAGAGGAGAUGAUCAGAAUGACCCUAGGCGAUCACGAUCUGGUAGCAGAGACAAGAAACAUGAAUUAUCUGUAAGACAAGAAAGAAUGGGAAGGUCUAGAAGCCGGGACAGACAGUACAGGAAGAUUGAGAAUGUUAUCAGGCGAUCGCAUUCUGGGAUCAGAGAUAAGCAACUUAAAUUGUCUCUAGAACAAGAAAGAAGUGGUGAAAAGCAGCACAGAAGGGCAUCAAGUGAAGAUAGAUGUCAAUCUGAUGUUGCUGCAAGAACUUUAAGGGGAAAGAAGGAUGUUCAGAAUUACAGCAGAAGGUUGGUAAGAUCUGUGAGUAGAGAUAGACAGCAUAAAUCUUCUCUACCAGCGAGAAUGUCAAGAUCCCAUAGUCGAGACAGACAGCUUAGGACUGCGUCCAGUAAAUAUCGAGACAGGCAAGGAAGAUACAGAAGAUCAGGGAGUCGGGCCAGGGAAAGGAGGAGGAGAUCAUUGUCAAAGAGCAGGCUGUCCCCAAGUUGUGAUAAAUUUAAGCAGAGAGCACCGAAUCUCUCUCCUGUCUCUGUGGGGCAAAUGUCCUCAUCCCACAGUCUUUCAUUUGAUUUGUCUCUUAUAUCAUCGGAUAGAGAACGAUGGCGGUCUUCGUCUCGUUCGCUUAGCAGAGAACGAAGAAGUCGUGAGUAUCGAAGAAGCUAUCCUGGUUCUUCAUUUUCGCCUGUUAGUAGUGGAUCGACAUUUUCGCGUUCAGGCAGUUUUGUGUCCCUAUCUUCGUUGUCUGAUGAGAAAAGACAACGGAGAAGGAAGCGUUCACCAUUUUGGAAGGAAAUGGAACGUAAAUUUGCAACAGAUUUGUGCAGAAACGUUUAUGAUCAGUCGACAGCCUACGCUUUCCCUUCAUCAGCCGGAACAGCACUGCCUGAGUGUUACAAUCCCAGCAGUCAUCCAUCGACUUACAGUUCCGCUGCUGCCUUUCAUCCUGUUGAUCCUACUGCGUACAGUCAUAGCUACCCACCUGGACCUGGACCUGGACCUGGUUUCUCACCUGCUGUAAUUCAGCCUCCUCCGCCAGAUAACAACAUUGUCCCUCCCUCUUUUGGGUCUGCCCCUCCACAUCAUCUUGAACAACCUUCUGUCCCCCCAGUUAUGCCCCCAACACCAGUAGCCCCUCCGGUAUAUUUUGUGCCCCCUCCCAUUACCGCUUCUCCUGUUCCCAUGGGAUUCACUGGUCAACCAGUACCAUUCACCUUCAGUAGUGAGUUUUCUUCAUCAAAAGAUGUGUUCCACCAAUCAUUAUUCAGCAGUGAGGAGCCUCAACACCCUACGGUAGUGCCUCCGCCACCAAAAAUAUCACAGUCUGGUGAUGGAAAGAAAGUUAGCCUUUCAAGUCUUCUAGAAGCUUCUGCUAAAGCUGGUGGCUCAACUAAAAAGAAGCAGAUGUCAGUUGAUCCAUUGCUGGUGGUUCGUUGUGAAGAAGCUAUUAACACGCUUCAAGCUGAUGGUGGUGUGACUUUGUUCCCUUCUGGUCAUCUUGUUCUACAAGAAUCACCAGGGCCGUAUACAUCGACUGCAUCAGUUAGCCAGACUUUUUUACAAGGUAUCAAUACGUUCCGGUCACCCAUCCUGCGAACACCAGAUUUGCAUCUCAGUUUUACAAGUUCUACUGUCUGUGAUAACACAUCAGAGCAGUCCUAUUGUCUUCCAAAAAUGGACUUAGCUACAUCUGCAGAAGGGCAUUCGCAAAUCAGUGGUGAACCACAUGAUCCUCAUGCUGUUACAUCUUCAUUUGCACCAGUUUUUACAGAGUACUUGAAAUCAUAUGUAGAUUCUUCAUCAAUGACUGAUAUUAGUGGUGAUGUGAAAAAGGUGUCAGAAAAACCAGAGAAUUGUUUGUCUUGUUUGGAAUACAAGAAUAGAAUUAUGGUUUGGAAUUCAACCCAGACAGAACCAAUUGUGAAAACUGGCGAUAAAAUUACGGAUUGGAAUUCAACCCAAAUACCAUGUGUAAGUGUAGAAAGUGUGGGGAUACAGGCACAGAUUUGUAGACUUCGGCCUCUGUGUAAGUGGGCUCCUCGUAAUAAAGAGUCUCGUAAAGUACACGUAGCAAGGGAAGAUGAUGAUGUGAAGAGUGGUAGUGCUAAGGAAGCUGUGAAUAGACGUAGUUCUGCUUCUCAUUCUAAUGCAAGCAGGACUUCACAUUGGCGCUCCGAUACGACACCCACAGCUGCUCUGAGGGAGGACAAAAAUAAAGAAGCUUCAUCUGAAUCCAAAUACCAGUCACCAAAGCCAACUUGUUCAUCUGCAUCAUCAGCUAAUAAGAGUAGUUACAGUGGUGAUGGAACCUAUUAUAAAACUUCCACAUAUCAAGCUUAUGUAAGUAACCGUGAUAAAAGUUUAUUUUCACUUUAUUCUGGUGGUAAUAGUGAUAAAAAAAGUGUAGUGUCAUCGGUUUCUUCUCAGGGAACUGGACCUCCAAAAGGAAUUUUGAAGAAUUCAUCUCAGGUGACACCGUCGCCUUCAUCACAGACGCAGUGGCAGCAGUCAUCAUUCCAGAAGAAUUGUGAUGUGCCUGGAUAUUCAGUGACAUCGAAACCUGGAAGUGUGAGAGAGUAUGGAAACACUCCUGUUUUGUUUGCAACGAGAAGCAGUUCCAGUUUUGGUGGGAUGGGAACUAGCAGUGCAGAGCAGUCACCUGCCUCAGGCACAGGACCUGCCAUGUUUCAUAGUGCUGCUGCAUGUGUUCCUAAAUUUGGGAAUCCUGGCGUUAGAAGUACUCUCGACAGAGACGAGAACUUCUAUGAUAUGCAUCGCAGCCAGCCUCCGUGUUUACUCCGAGGGAGUGGAAAUGCAGGAGCUGGCCUCAGCAUGCCGCCAUUCCAGCAGCAGAGUUCUGUGGCCUUCCGACAAACAGGCAAUCCAUCCAUGAACCCAUACAAUGCAGGCCCACACUAUUGAACAUCUGGUAAUGGAAAAGACUUUGAUGUUGUGGUACUGUUUCAUGUUCUUGAAGUAUCUUUGUUGCAAUAUAUAUUAUCUCUUUAUAGUUACAUGUGGUAUGUAGGAGUUGCUGUGACAUUACUAACUACGUGAAUAUUUCCUGUGGUAGUUUUCCAUUUUGUAUUUCCAGCUGAAGAAUGGGAGUUGACUAUUCCGUGGUCUUCGCGUUGUACGUCCUUAGCUACCUGAGUAUGUGAGAUUUCAGUUAACGUCAGUAAUACAGAUGUGGAAUUAAAGGGAACACUGUAUACUUUGUCAAGGUAAUUACAGCAGGUUAUUUGUUAAUACACCACUGGUUAUUAAUAUACUUAUAACCAAGUCUCUUUUGUGUUUGAAGCACCAUAAUUUCUACUAGUAAUGUUUGUGUAAGUAUAUGAUUAUAUGAAACUAAGUAAUUAAAUUGAAAUAAAAGCCGUGUGUAUGGUAUUACAGAUAUUGAAAGUAUGGGAAAUUGGGAAUCGCAACUAAUAUCCAUGUCACGUGCUGAUGAUAUUUAUGUAUAUUGCUUUGGACAAGAGUGUUACAGUGAUUAGAUCCUCUACCCUUCACCCAUUCCCUAUAUUUUUUGUGCCACGUUCUCACUCUGCCAGAAGCGUUGUGGCUGAUUUAUGAGAAUAUGACUGUGUUAACGUUCUUUACAUACGGUAGACAAAAGAACAGGUUCUCAUGUCUUCGAAGGGAUACUUAUGAAUUGUGAGUAGUUUUUGCUGUGUAAUAAAAAUAUUUGUGAAUAUGGAUAUACUCACGUUUUUAGCAAGCAAAAAUAUGUUAUUUUCCAUUUAUUUAUUAGAAAAUUUAUGUUGAUGAUACUCUGACAAUGAUAGAAUUCUCUGAAGUGUUACAGUGAUAUUUCAGUUAAGGAACAAUUUUAGAAGUGUGGUAGCAGUGAAAAGUGAAAGCAUCAUCCAAGCAGAUGGCAUCCUUCACAUGGCAGUUUGCCCAGGGGGAGAGAAAACAGGGGACCCAUAAAGCAUAGACAACCCACAUCUCAACUAGACAUUGACGUUAAUUUUUAUGUUGUAAAUACAUACAGUGUUUAUAUUAAGUUGCUAAGGACAUGAACUCUUUUUUGGUGAACAUAAUUUAGACCAAAUAUAAUAAUGAACUGAUACCUCAAGGUAUAGUGCUCUAUGAUGAAUUUACUUUGGUGUUUCAAAGUCUGCACUGUGUUAAUAUUGUAUAUGUAAUACACUGUAAUGUCUUUAGAAUGACAUGUUUUCUUUAUUGGUGUAAGUCUAUGUUGCAGUAAUAAAAUGGAUAUAAGAGGCACA